AUGGGCUUGCAUCGGAAGCACAACGAGCUGCUCAACGCCGAUCACUGUGAAGCCGAUUUGACAGCAACUGGUUCAUUGAUCGAAGGUUUUGCAACAUUUGGUGGUAAGGCGGUGGAAUUUUUUGCUACUGAAUGGUACACUGAUCCACGUUUCAGGACGCUUAUCAAUUGCAUUUUUGCUGGCUUCAUAACAGCGAUCGGCGAGUUUUCGUUCACCUAA